AUGUCUCCGUCAUUGAAAUCUCGUACCAAAGGCGCCAUCUGGGGCGUCUGCGUAGCGGACGCACUCGGCGGCCCUGUACAAUUCAGAGACGCAGGAACAUUCGAGCCGAUCACAUGCUUAAGAUUUGUCGCGCCCUUCAAACAACCAGCUGGAUCCUACUCCGACGACGGAUCUAUGACACUAGCCUUGGCAUGCUCCUUCAACAAGUCCAACAUGCAAUACAACCACGAGCUGUCAAUCCAAUACUUUGUCGAGUGGAUGACCAAAGGCCAUUUCAGCACUGUCAACCACUCAUGGGAUGUAGGCCGCUCCACUCGCACCUCCCUUCGGAUAUGGGCGAAGUAUGGCAUGGAGGGAGAUUUCGAACUUGCCCAGGCGAUGGUCUCCGACAGAUUGGAUUACAAUGAAUUCUCUGGGAACGGGAGCUUGAUGAGGAUCGUCCCGAUUGGGUUGGUUUACUGGCGAGAUUCUGAACGGGCGAGGAAAAUUGCCAGAAAACAAAGCCAGAUCACUCAUCCUGCGCUCGCGUGUGUGGAAGCCUGUGAAGCGUAUACGGAGUUGGUGUGUCAAACGAAGAAGCAACUCUUCCAUGCGGUCUCCACAUUCCCAUUUACUCAUCCUGAACUGAAGGAGCGCUUGUCACGGGACAGAUACAGAACAAUCAGCGACUGGAAGAUCAAGGCGCCUAGUGAUAUGACAAGUAGUGGAUGGGUUGUUGAUACACUUGAGUGUGCUCUGUGGGCAUUCUUCAAGUAUGAUACCUGGAAAGAUGGAGCCUUGGCAGUCGUCAAUUUGGGUGGUGACUCGGAUACUGCAGGGGCUGUGUAUGGAGGUCUUGCGGGAUCGUUCUAUGAAUUUGAUGCUAUUCCUAGUGAAUGGGUGGAUGGGAUGCAGAAUAAAGGGUUUAUUGAAAGUAUUGCUGAUGGUCUGGCGGAUGACGUUGCUUGA